GCCCCGCUUCGCCCGGCCCCCCGCAGCAGUGCCGGGGGCAGACGGCAAGGAGCCCCGCCGCCAUGUCGCAGCCCGGGACGGGGAGGCAGCCGCCCCCCGCCGCGCAUGGUGACAAGAAGGCAAGUGGAGCUUCUUCCAAAUUGGGAGAGAAAAAAGCAGAAGUGGCAGAGAAGAAACCAGCAAGUGCUAAUGUCAGCCAACCCCCCAGAACACAGACAAGUGGAGCACCUUCUGCUGUUAAGAAGCAGUCCCCCUCUGCGGAUGAAUCAAAAACACAAAUUAUGAAGCCAUCUGAAACAAAGUCCACACCAACAACCAAAACAGAAUCUGGAAAAGACACCCAGUCAACCAAGCCAACAGAUUCUCAAAAUAAACAGCCAUCUGAAGAGAUGCAAAAGGAACCCAGUGGUGCAAAAAGCCAAACUUCACCUUCUGUGACAACAACUUCUAAACCAAAGAAUAAAGGAGAAGUAAUUACAACGCAAGCUGACCAGCCUCCACAAGCAACCUCCAUAGAGACAGCAAAGCCUAAGUCUGAGAAGAUGUCCGUAGCGGCUGGUGCAGGCACAGCUGGUGCAAGUGUGGUUGCUGCAGCUAAUAAGUCAAGUACUGAGCCUGGUAUGGAUGAGUCGGCACUAGAUAGCUUAAUAGAUACCCUUGGUGGACCUGAAGAAGAUGUGCCUACUAGUCCUGUUUACACUGGUCCGGAAGUUACGGAAGAUAUAUCUUCAAGAUACUUGGAAGAAAUGGGUAAACGGGAAGGUAGUCUCCCUCCAGAGUAUGUUAAAUUGUUGAAGAGCAAAGGGGAUGACAAAGAUGGAGUCCCACCAAAAGUAGAUGAACGAGAUGAAAAACCAGUGACAGAUGAUGAGCUUGCAGAGGCCCUGUCUUCUGACUUUACCUGUAGUACUGCUUCUGCUGAAGAAAAGAAGACAGGUCUGACAGAGAAACCAAGUAAGGAAGGAGAAAUUGUGCAAGCACAAGCAGCAAGUUCAGUCAAGACCUCAGUUCCUCCUAAGGAGAAGAAAACAAAAUCAAAAGAGGAAAUUAAAGAUGAUGCAGUGGAAGCUCUUCUUGAUACUCUUGGUGGACCUGAACCUGAACCUGAACCUGAAGAAGAUCGUACCCCUGUUGUAGAGGUGUCAGAGGCAAAAGCUAAAGAGAAAAAAGAAAAAAAAGCUGGGGAACGUGAUGAUACAAUACCUCCAGAAUACAGGUUAACACCAGAGCUGGAUAAAGAUGGAAAACCAAUAUUGCCAAAGCCUGAAGAAAAACCUAAGCCUUUGAGUGAAUCUGAUCUUGUUGAUGAAUUUUCAAAGGACUUUGCCUGCCCUGCACAGCCUGCAGUCCAAUCCAAACCAUCAAAGCCCAGCAGCACAUCCAAAAAGCCUUCGGAUCCUGUGUCUGCAAAAACUACUAAGGAUGAAGUAGUCCCUCGUGCCACAGCUUGCACUGUGCAGUCUUCAGCUCCAUCAGCUGUGUCUUCAGUUGGUCACGUGGCAGAUGAAGCCCUGGAAGCCUUGUCCAGUAGCCUAGGAAAGAGGGAGCCUGAUCCAGAUGAAAAGAAACCUGCUGUGGACAAAGUUAAGGAGAAAGCCAAACAGGAACAACACAAAAAACUGGGUGAAGAUGAAGAAACAAUUCCUCCAGAGUACAGAUUAACAGAAGCAAAAGAUAAAGAUGGGAAACCACUCUUACCAAAACCGGAAGAGAAGUUCCAGCCCAUGAGUGAAAAUGAUCUUUUAGAGGUUGUGACAGAAGGAUUUUCCUGUUCUCCGUCGCCCUCUGCACCAUUACCUACACCAACUGUAACAAAGAAAACCAAGGAGGGUGAAAAGCCUGCAGAUUCCUUGGACAUUAUCUCUGCUGCGACAGUUUCUUCAGUGCACUCAGCAGCUCCUCUAGCUUCUACCUCAGGAGGAAAAGAGAUGGAUGAAGCUUUGGAUCUCCUGUCCGAUUCCCUGGGAGAGAGGGAACCUGACCCUGAUGAGAACAAACCAGUUGUGGAUAAAGUAAAGGAAAAGGCUAAAUCUGAACACAGAGACAAACUUGGAGAAAGAGAUGAUACUAUCCCCCCUGACUAUCAAAAACUUCUGGAGUCAGGUGAGCAGGGUGAACCAGUAAAGCCAACAGCAAAGGAUGAUGUGAAACACAAAGAACAAAAGAAGCCUACAGAUGACUCUGCAGCUAUUGAUGCCCUGUCAGGUGACUUUGAUACUUGUACAAAGGCUCCUGCCAAACCACAGCACUCAAAGUGUAGGACAAAAGUGGAAAGGAAACCGUCACCACUAAACCAACCCCAAAGGGUAAAGGAAAACCAAAAGACCCUAAAACGGCAAAGGGACAGUCCUCCAGCAGCAAAUCUGAGAAGCAGAAAACAAGCUAAACGUUAACAUUUUGGGGAUCUUGGUGCAUCAUGUUAAAUCUCUUCUUUCUGUUGGUGGAUAAAUAUUCCUGAAGAACAAAAGCUGGUGCAAAAAGCAUGUGGUUAUUCUGGGUGGUUUUUGUACAGCGAUACUUGCUGGACUUUUUUCAUAUUUUCUUCUUUCCCAGUAGUAGAUUAAGGUGUUUGGUUUGUUUUUUUCCCCUAGCCAUUCAUUUUAUUAUACUCAUAUACUUCAACUUUUUUGUAAUUUCUUCAGUUUUCAGAGGGAAAGAAUGCUUUAUAUUUGCAAGAAAUAUAUUUCAUAAAUGAAUAGCAAUGCCAAAAAAAUCUGCAGACUUUUGCACAUAAUCUCCACAUAGUGCCUGUAAAUCUCAGAAGAAUUUGUAUGUGCUAGCAUUUUUAACACUGCAGUGAAUGCAUUAAGUAUUCUGGAAUAUAAUGAGCUUUAGUUAUCCUCAGCCCACCUCAGCCUGGCUGUGCAGUCUUUUCUCAAGCCAGUUCCUGGUAGGAAACCAUGAGUAAGCUGUGGGUAGCUAAAGACUGAGAAACUGGGGAUUAACCGUUUCAUCAGGCGCAUCCAGUAAUAAGUAUUUUGGAUGCUGCCUUAACUGUAGUUAAAACAACAAAAACACCAGAUAAGGAUUUUAGUGGCUUUUUUUUUUUCUUUCCAAUCGUAUCUGUACUGUUAUCUCGUAAUUUCAGGAGUCUCCUGGACUGAACAAAUACAAAUCCUAGUGUAACAAUGACACCGUUACCAUCACAGAAGAGGAAAUAAAGAAGGUACAUGAACCUUAGCAGAGAUCAAAGAGAAGUUCAGGUCAACAGGCGGACUUUUUUUUUAUCUUACUUUGCACUGUUUCUAGUCCUUGCUUCUGUUCCUCGCACUCCAGAAGGGAAUGCAGAAAUAGGGCAGAAGUUAAUGCUGCAAGGAACAAUGUCACGUUCACCUGCUCUGCAAGAGAACAGGCACGAGUAGGUGCCUCUCGUAAGUCUGCUGCAGACAGGGCUGUCGCGACCGAGGUGCACCAAGUGCCUCCAUGUGUUUUCCUCUGUCUUCAUAACCUGCAAAACAUCUUUUUGCACAUCCUUAUACACGUACUGCUUCACCUUUAGCUUGCAGAGGAAGGUCAUACCAACGUUUGUACUGAUACCAAAAUCAGACUCUAGUAUGUAGCGUUGCAGACAGAGACAGCCCGGAGAUUUAAGUUGGGGAUAUUUAGACUUUUGACUGUACUUCACAGUCUGUACAGAGAACCUGUGUCACACUAAUAAAAGUUUUUAAGAAUGCA